UAUGUGCCCUGUGAGUUGGGGGAAUUUGUUGAUAGAACGAGAAAACAAAGGCAAACAGUCAUAGAAAAACAACAAAGGCGACUCUAAAUACCCAAUUAAAAAAUCGAAAAUCCAAUCGUACCGUUUGCGUUGCUCGCUCGACUAUUUGCCCCAUCAAUAUUUGUUUAUUUCGAAAGUGAAAAAGUGUAAGAUACGUACAUAGAAAAAUCUACAAAAUAUACAAAAAGCUAGUGAAAGUGAAAUAGAGUGAAUAAAAUCAAAUCAGUGCAAAAAAGCUGGAAACAAUGGCCACUUAUCAAAUGAACUUCAACCAGGACUUUACCUCAUUGUCCGUGUUGAGUUCCACGGGCCUUCGCCUGUACUCGAUAUCUGGCCAGGACAAGGUGGAGGAGAUAUUCGCCAAGGAUAACACAGAGCAGAUACGGAUUACGGAGAGGCUAUUCAACAGCUCCCUAGUAGUCCUGGUGACUGCCCAGAAGCCCAAUUGCCUCAAGAUGUUGCACUUCAAGAAGAAACAGGACAUCUGCAACUGCUUCUACCCGUCGGAUAUUUUGUGCGUUCGCAUGAACCGCCAGCGUCUGAUUGUCUGCCUGGCGGAGAGCAUACACAUCCAUGACAUUCGUGACAUGAAGAUCCUGCAUUCCAUCGACAACAUCGCCCCCAACGAGCAGGGCCUGUGCGCCCUCUCGCUCAACUCCCUCUUGGCCUUCCCCAUCUGUCAGACCAGCGGGGAGCUGCGCAUCUUCAAUGCGAGCAAGCUCCGUACUGGCAUCACGAUCAAGGCUCAUGCCACGCCCCUUUCGGCACUGACAUUCUCGACCAGUGGCACUCUGCUGGCCACCGCCUCCGAGCGUGGCACUGUCAUCCGGGUUUUCUGCGUCAAAAAUGGACAGCGGGUCCAGGAGUUUCGGCGAGGCGUGAGCUGCGUACGCAUCGCCUCGCUGGUUUUCGCGACCAGCGGCGACUUCCUCUGCGCCUCGUCCAACACGGAAACCGUUCACAUCUUCAAGAUCGACGCCCAGGCUGUGGAGACGGUGGAGCUGAAAGCUAUAGCCGAAGUAGCUGCCAAGUCGGAUGAGGCGAGCAAGGAGGCAGCGCCGGCUCCUUCUGCUGAGGAAGCCAACAGCACGGCCGCUCCUGCUGCUAGCUGGGGAGGCAUGUUCUCCAAAGCGGUGUCCUCGCUGCUGCUGCCUUCACAGGUGACUGAUGUUCUGGCCCAGGACCGAUCCUUCGCCACUGUGCAACUGGCACAGGCGGGUCUGAAGCACAUUUGCGCCUUGACUCGCGUGCAAAAGGAACUGCGCCUCCUCAUCGCCUGCGAAGACGGAUUCCUCUAUGUCCACGACUUUAAUGCGGAGCGGGGAGGAUCGUGCAAGCUUUUGGCUGUCCACGAUCUACGCGGUGCCCUUGAAGAUGUAAUCGAGCUUCAGUUGAGCGAGAGUGUGUUGAGGUCGCAAAUAAAGACAUCAUCCACGAUACCAGCCCAACCCUCAUCUCUGAACAUGCUGAAAAGCUGUGCAGCGAGUGUUCUCAUCGAGAAUCCUGAUCCGAUGCCAGACAACAGCUAUGCGAGUAUUCUGAGGGGUGAACAGGCGGAUGCCAUGUCAGAUUCCGCAAAAUUUCGCAAGCUGUGUGAUGCCAUCGAUACUCCAACAAAGCUGUACGAUGAGCGUCAGUUCCCUCCUGUAGCCAUUGCAGCCAAGGAUUGACCAAGCCGGCGGAGCCAGGAUAAGAUGAAUAGCAAAGUUAGCAAAAUCCCCAAAAACAAGAAAUAAGUUGCAAAAACCAGUCCUCCAAAGGGGGGAAGAGUGUGACUUAAGGUCUGACAAAAAAAAUAACAAAUACUCCUAAAAACGAAAGAAAAAAAAAAGUAUUUUAAUUUAUAUGUACCUAAUUUUAGUAUUUAAGAAUUUUCAAAUAUUCUUAAUCUGUAUAUAUGUACGUACCCUUUAAAAUGACGAUUUAACCGACUUGUACAAAAUGUUUACUUUCUGAUUAUUUCUCUUGUACCAUAUUGAUUAGAUUCUUCUCUUAUGAUCCAA